AUAUGUACAGAUACAAAUUACUACGAGAUGUUGCUUCAAAUUGCACCGGAGCUGGAGAAGUCGGCGCCGGGAGAGUUGAAAAGCCAAAGGCUGCCGUUCCUGAAACACGUCAUCACCAUCGGCGACACCCGGAAGCCCGGCAGCAUUACUUUCGAUGACCUGAUGACUUUGGCGAUAGCGGAAGACCAUGCCACCAUGAAUUCCGUGUCUGCCAAAACGCGGUUCGACCAAGACGCUUUCAUCCAGUUUUCCUCGGGUACGACAGGGCAGCCCAAACCAGCGCGACUGUCUCAUUUCAACGUUGUCAACAACGCCAACAUUGUGGGCCGCUUUGUUGGAUACCAUAAACAGCGUGAAAUCUUCUGCCUGAACGGACAGCUGAUCUACGGAUUCGGCAGAACACUGGGCGUCUUGACUGCCACGAUGUUCGGCUCCACGGUAGUGUUGCCGGGGCCUUUCUUCGAGCCGAAAUCGACCAUGGAAGCCAUCACAAAGCACAGGAUGGAUUGCUGUAUCGUUGCUGGGAGAGCAAAGACGGAAGAAACAGCACGCUUCAGCUCAUUUUACCUCAAGUCCGUGUCGACAGCGUCUUGCGUGAACUUCAUGACAGUCCUGCUGGCGGACAUCUUGGGAUAUACAAGACCCUACAACGAGUUCGAGAAAGAUUCUAUUGGGUUGGAUCAACUCGAGAUGUGCGCGAAUGGUGUAAAAACAAUCGUGUCCGGAGCCUUGUGUAAUCCCGAGGUUGUGGAGAAGGCGAGAACGAGGCUGAACACCCAAGCGCUCUACAUUAUGUACGGAGCCACCGAAACCAGUCCGAUCUUCUGCAGCACGAAUCCGGACGAACCGACGGACCUCUGGAUUCGGACGGUUGGGACACCGCUGGACCACGUUGAGGUGAAGGUUGUGGACACCGAAGGCAGGAUUGUUCCCGUGAACACUAGAGGGGAACUGUGCACCCGAGGUCCCCAUGUAUUCAAGGGGUACCUCAACGACGACGCCAAGACAAAGGAAGCCCUCCGAGAGAACUGGUAUCACACGGGGGACGAGGCGACCAUGAGCGAGGACGGUCGAAUCACAUUUUCGGGCCGCAUCAAGGAGAUGAUUAACAUUGGCAGUUUUAAGGUGCCGCCACUGGAGGUUGAGAGUGUCCUCAACACACACCCCGAUGUGGAAGAGGCGCAGGUGAUUGGAGUACCGGACGAAAGGCUGGGAAAUAAGAUAUGCGUCUGGAUCAAACUGCAGCCAUAUAAAACCUUGUCUCACGAAGACAUCAAGACCUUCUGUAAAGGAAAGAUCCACGAUUACAAGAUACCGGAAUAUGUGCUGUUCGUGGACUCUUUCCCGAGGACACUGACCGGAAAAGUACAGAAGCACAAAAUGCGGGAGGAAAGCGUGCGACUGCUGAACUUGUCAAGAUGAUCAGCGUCA